AUGGAAAGCACUAUUGAAGAUGAAGAAAAAAUAUAUGUUGAAAAGGAAGCAAACCAAAUCGAAGAUGACGAAUCAGAUUUGGACGUUAUGCUAUUAAUGUUGAAUAAUAUAGCGAAUGCCUAUGCAAAGAAUGUCGAUAGCAUUGAACGUCCCAUUCGUCGGCCGAUCUCUGACAUUGGCUAUGCUUACAUUGAAAAUGUUCUCAAAGAGGAUCCUGUUCACUUUCGAUUAGUGUAUCGUAUGUAUCCAAGCUCAUUUAGGAAGCUAUGUGAGCUUAUCAGAUUGAAGGCAUGUCUAAGAGAUACUCGUCAUAUAUGCGUUGAAGAAAUGGUGGCCACAUUUCUACUAACUGUGGGUCAAAGUUCCAGAUAUGGUUACACAAAAGACACAUUCAAGAGAUCAAUGUUUGCUAUAAGUGAAAAUUUUCACAAGGUUUUAAGAGCUCUAAAUACCAUAGCACCAGAUUUGAUGGUGAAGCCUGGAGUUACAACAUCUGCAAAGAUAAGUGAGAGCACAAGAUUUUAUCCCUAUUUCAAGGAUUGCAUCGGAGCUAUUGAUGGCACACAUAUUUUUGCGAUGAUACCAAGUUCCGAUGUUCCUAGCUACCGUAAUCGAAAAGGAUUUGUAUCACAAAAUGUCCUUGCUGCUUGUAACUUCGAUUUAGAAUUCAUGUACGUUCUUAGUGGAUGGGAGGGUUCAGCUCAUGAUUCAAAAAUUCUAAGCAAUGCUUUGACAAGAAACACCAGCAGAUUACAUGUUCCAGACGGCGGUCUAGAAUCUCAACAAAGAGAAUAUGCUAAUAAUUGGAGAGACACGAUGGCAGCUACUAUGUGGGCAGAUGCAGUAGGAACUGGAAGUCAACGAUGA